AUGGAAUACUGCAGAGACAUGCAACAAGCGGCUACUAGGGAUCUAAACUUCAUGGCAAACAUUGUAACUGGUGAUGAAACCUGGUGUUUCAAAUUAAAGGUCUCUCAACCUGCUGAAAAUGUACCAAGAAGAUUUUCAAUAGGCAAGAAAACUUUUUCUGAAUUUAUACCAGGUGUGCCUGUAGUGAUCGACACUAAUGAAAAUACCUCGUCUGAAAAUACAUGCUGGGCUGUGAAAUGUGAGGAAAAAGACUCAACUGAGGAUGUUUUAAAAGACUUUUCUCCAGUAAACGAAAAGAGUCGAGCAGUCCCUAAUGCAUGGUCACGUAUAGCUAGUAGUGCUGAUCAAAACCCCAAACAUCAACAACAUCUUCCAAAUGAACAUGCUUUCAAACACAAUAAAAAAGUUCCUACCAAUUGCAAAGGUAAAAAUUCAUCCCUUGCAUGUGAAAAAACGCCUAAAGGGAAUGUAUCAGUAGAUUAUGGCGAUAGUAAUGCGUGGUCACAUGUAGUUAGUAGUGCUCCCCAAAAACCUAAACAGCAGCAACAGCUUCCAAAUGAGAAAAGUUUCAAAUCUAAUAAAAAAAUUCCCGUAAAUUACAAGGAUCAAAAUCCCUCCCCUGCAUGUAAAGAAAUGUCUAAAGAGAAUGUUUCCGUGGAAUAUGGUGAUAAUAAUGCAUGGUCACGUGUAGUUAGUAGUUCUCGGAGAAACCCUGAAUCUCAGCAACACCUUCCAACUGAAAAUUCUUUCAAAUGUAAUAAAAUAGUUUCCACAAAUUGCAAGGGUGACAAUCCCUCUCUUGCGAGUAAAGAAAUGCCUAAAAAGGGUGAAUCAAUAGAAACUGAUGCAGAAGGAGAAGUGAAAAAGAAAAGGAAAAGAAAAAGCAAAAUAAAAAGACAGGCAGCAAUGAGAAGUGGGAAAAUAUCUCUGGUAACCCCUGAGAUUCAUUUCAAAAUUACAAACCAGACAAAGUACUCUAAUAAUUCAGUUUCAAAUGAUAUAUCCACUAAUAUACAUGAUUCAGAAGAGUAUCCUGAAUUGGGGAAAGUGGUGGACCUGAAAAAAACCAAGCCAAAGAAGAAAAGCAUUCAUUUCGAAAGAGAGAGUUUGAAGUUCAUCACCUCAGAGCAUGAACUAUCAGAAACUUAUGAGCAACUUGAAGAAUCUGCUGAUGAUACUGAAAAUGCACAAGGUCUGCAAGAAACUUCAUUGAAAGGGGCAAUAUCACUUGAGGCUCCCAAAGAAGCAAAAAAGGAUCAAAAAUCUGUUGUACAUCCUAAUGAUCCAAUUACAAUAUCAUUUUUUGAUAUGCUGGCCGCAUCAAAGCCUAAGGUGAAGGAAAAUCAUGAAAAAAGAGGGCCUGUUGUUCCUACAUCAUCUUCUAAAGCUUCUUCUAAAAUGGUUCACUCUCGGCCACAUAAUUUAUUGGAUUCUAAACCUGUUGUAAAGAGGGGAAAAGAGCGAGAGGUUCCAAAAGCAAAAAGGCCCUCCCAUAUGAAAAAGAUAAUUUUGAUGGACAGAAAAACUCGAAGGGAACAACGGAUUCAACUGAAAAAUAGUUUGAAUGAAAGUAAGCAGGAUUUGCCCCUUUUUACCCCAGAAAACAAUGCAAGUGAAGUAAACAAUAAUAUGCCUGGGGACAGUGAAUCAACUGAUAUAGUAAGCUCAGUGAACCCGCUAUUAGAAGAAAAUAUAAUUGACAAACUACCUACAAUUCAUUUAGAAAAUAGUACAAAUGAAGUUAACUGUGGAGCUGGAGAAGCUGUCACACUUACACAUGAAGAUAGUUCUAGUAUAUUCAACAGCGAAGAUGAAUAUGAUUACUACGUUAAUUCAAACGAAGAUCCGGAACAAAGCGAUUGCGUUGGUCCUUUGACUGAUCACAAUGAAACUGAAAAGCAAAUGAAAGCUAGGAGGUCGCAAGUUGCGGAUUCUAUCACUCUCAAACAUAUUCAAAUGCUGAAUUCUAUGUUUGGUUUUACCAUGUCAGUUAAAAAUGCAGAUUUAAGUGAAAAUAGUUGCUGCACUGACGAGGAAAGGUUAAAAGCCUCCAAGAUUUUGAUACAUACUCGCAACUUUAGAGAGUACUGCAAUCACCUCCCCAGUCAAGAAAUUGACGACGCUGUGAGCGCCCUGCUGGCUGAUCUUGUCCGCUUUCAGGACAGAAUGCACCAAAAAGACCCGGUGAAAGCUCGUAUGAAACGUCGCCUUACUUGUGGUAUAAAGGAAGUGAAAAAGCAUCUGAAGUUAAGGAAAGUUAAAUGUGUUAUUCUAGCUACUGACGUUGAAAACGUCCAAACUGAAGGUGGUCUAAAUGAUGUUCUCUGUGAUCUAAAACAAGCAGCUGCUGAUCAUCAAAUCCCAUGUAUUUUUGCCCUUCGAAAAAAGAUGUUGGGAAGAUUGUGCCAUAAGCCAGUUGGAGUCAGUUGUAUUGGGGUUUUCAAUUAUGAAGGCUCAGAGGUAAAUUUCAAGAAGAUGAUUGAGUUACUAAAUCAAAGCAAAGAAGAUUAUGAACAAAUUCUCAAAGGUGUUAGGCUUAAACUAUCUGAUGAGGACAUCAAACAACUGAUACGAGCUCGCCUAUUGGCUCCCGAGAGCUUAAUGGAAAUUCGUACAGACAUACUGAGAAAGACUCUUUUAGAAAAUCCUAAAAUUGAAGAUAUGCCUAAUGUGGAAGUUGUUGAAAGUUAAUCUUGUAAACAAAUUAUAAACUAUAUUUUUAUAUUAAAGAGCUAUAUUAA